GGAAGCAGACGCCAGCAAAGAUCGGUAGAGAAGCACAGGCGCACUCGGAGGAGGAGGGCGCAGAUCUCCUGUGGACCAUCAGCUACCAGAUGAGCCAUCACUGACAGCCGCAGACCCGGCUCUGCGCUGGGCACCCGGAGCGAGGCGCAUGAAUUUGUGCCACACGGCUCUACUCACAACUUGUUCUCCAUAGACACUUUUCCUCAUCCUGUUUACUUGUCCAUUCGUUGUCAUCAUGGUACUGGGCAAAGUGAGGGCCUUGGCGAUCUACUUUGACAGUCUGAAUGAGAACAACCUGCCGGUGUUCUCCGGAGGAGACCUGGUGUCGGGGAGGGUUGUUGUGGAGGUCACUGGGGAUGUGCGGGUCAAGAGGUUGGACAUAACCGCGAGAGGAGUCGCCAAGGUCCGGUGGACAGAGUCGAGAAACGCCGGAGCAAACACGGCUUAUACUCAGAACUACACAGAGGAGGUGGAAUACCUGCAUCAUUACGACACCUUGAUAGGAGAGGAGAGAGAUGAGGACUGUCCAGAGGAGGGCGUGACUGUCCUGCACCCAGGCUUGCACGAGUUUGCUUUCAGCUUCAACCUGCCUCAGAUGGCUCUGGCGACUUCCUUUGAAGGGAAGCAUGGCAGUGUGAGGUACUGGGUGAAAGCUGAACUGCACCGUCCAUGGCUGCUCCCCGUCAAAGUGAAGAAGGAGUUCAUUGUGUUUGAACAUAUCGACAUCAACACCCCGCUGCUGCUGGCCCCCCAGGCUGGUACAAAGGAGAAAACGCUGUGCUGCUGGUUCUGUGCUUCAGGCCCUAUCUCCCUCAGUGCCAAAAUAGAGCGAAAGGGCUACACACCAGGUGAGUCAAUCCAAAUCUUUGCUGAGGUGGAGAACUGUUCAUCACGGGUUGUGGUUCCUAAGGCAGCGCUUUACCAGACUCAGACCUUCUUCGCUAAGGGGAAGGGCAAGGAGAUCCAGCAGCUGGUGUCCAAUGUGCGAGGAGAUCCUCUGCCACAAGGGAAGAGCCAGAGCUGGGAGGGAAAACUGCUCAAAAUCCCUCCUGUGUCCCCCUCCAUCCUGGACUGUCCCAUCAUCAAAGUAGAAUAUGCCCUUGUGGUGUACGUGGACAUUCCAGGUGGUUUGAAUUUGUCACUCUCAUUGCCGUUGGUGAUAGGAACCAUACCUCUUCAUGCUUGCACCACCCGCACCUCCAGCAUCAGCAGCAACUGCAGCACUUUGAGCUGGCUGGGCCUGCCAGAGAGACCUGAGGCUCCACCAAGCUACAGCGAUCUGGCCAUAUCAGAGUCUCACAGGCAGGAUUAUCUGCAGGGAUGUGAUAGGUCUGACGCGGAGGGUGAGGACCGCGGGUCUCUGCUAACAUACAUCACAGAGUUCAGAUAUCUGCCUCCGCCACUGUAUUCUGAGGUCGAUCCUUAUCCUGACCCCUUGGUGCAAGGGACGGUGGAGGUCAGGAGACCUGACACCUGUCCGUCCCGCUGAGGAGAACCUGGGAUCGCUGAAGCCUGUGCACAAAAAGACAGAGCUGCUCUCAGCCACCUGGCCCACACAGCCAGCUUCUCACCAGAUUAUAUAUCACCGUAAAUAAGGCUGGACUCUGCCUGACCCGGGGAAAGUCAGCUGAGAGAGUAUUUGGUGACCAUUGAAGUGAUGGACCAGGGAUUUCAAGCCGUGCUGGAUCCGCCAUAUCGUGUGCUCAAGACAUGGCAAAAAAAGACAGUUUUUUAACACCACUUUAUGACUCUGACAAGGCAGAGAACAAAUACUACUCCAAGUGGUCAGAAGAAGCCUCCUCCUGCCUCACAGUGAAUUUUGCACAUGCCGUUAUUACUGUUUUUCUAUCAGUGGUUUUCUAUACAGCAGAUUGCCGCAGGCCUAUACGCUACAGUAUAUAUAUAUAUAUAUAUAUAUAUAUAUUUACAUAGAAUAUUUUACUCUAAAUGGGAACAUUAGUGACAGGAUAAGAGCUAUCUGCAGUAAUUCAGAUGGCUGAACUUGUGACUGUGGCCUGAAGCUGCCACUGUCCCCAUCCAGACUUCAGGUGGAAACUGUCUCAUUUAGUGAACAAAGAUGAAAAUUCAUUGAGAUUCAAAAAAAAAAAAGAAAAAAAAAAAGACAGAUGGCAUCACUGAUGCAGAAAUGUGUCACAUCAACGACCACCUCGAGCGUUUAGAGCUCACAUUGUGUGUGUGUGUGUGUGUGUGUGUGUGUGUGUGUGUGUGUGUGUGUGAGAGAGAAAGAAAGUCUAGAGACCAGGUGUAAACCCCAACUGGGUCCACAGAAAAAGCACAACU